AUGGUGGAGCUCGGUUGUUUUCUUCCCAAGCCCACCACUUUUCAGCCCCCAAAUUGGAGAGGAAAUGAGGGAGAAAAGGUAUCAGUUGGCCUUCUGGAGGGUCCAAUGGUGUUCCAAAGUGUAAUCCUUAAACUCAUCAUGUCCUUACUCUUUUUCUCUUCAACCAUCACCACUGUCAUUGCUACCUUGCCAAAACAACAAGAGCUAGAUCGAAUUUCAGCACUGCCUGGACAACCACCAGUCACAUUUUCUCAAUUUUCUGGCUAUGUUACGGUCAACGAGCAACAUGGACGAGCUCUCUUCUACUGGUUGACUGAAGCCACUUCUUUUCCUGAAAAGAAACCUCUUGUUCUUUGGCUCAAUGGAGGGCCAGGUGCUUCAUCGGUGGCAUAUGGAGCAUCGGAGGAAAUCGGGCCAUUUAGGAUUAACCAGACUGGUUCAUCUCUUUAUCUCAAUGAGUAUUCAUGGAAUAAAGAAGCGAAUCUUUUAUUUCUUGAAUCGCCUGCUGGUGUUGGUUUCUCGUACACAAAUUCAAGCUCCAAUCUUAAAUAUUCUGGAGAUAAACAAACUGCUGAGGAUGCUCUAGUAUUUCUAAUUAAAUGGAUGUCAAGAUUUCCACAAUACAAACAUCGAGAAUUCUACAUUGCUGGGGAGAGCUAUGCUGGGCAUUAUGUUCCCCAAUUGGCAGAGAAAAUUGUCGAAUAUAAUAAGGCACUCUUGCAACCCAUUUUCAACCUUAAAGGAUUUAUAGUGGGAAAUGCUCUAAUUGAUGAGUACUAUGACUUCAUUGGAAAAAUAAUAUAUUGGUGGAGCCAUUCAAUGAUAUCUGAUACAAGCUACCGAUCAAUUCUCAAGAAAUGCAAUUUCAAGGAGGUACAUAAAUCACAGGAAUGUAAUGCUGCAGUGCGCUAUGUCGAGGCUCAUGAGCAUGGAAACAUAAAUGAACACAGUAUUUAUACACCACUUUGCAUGGAAUUGCUUAAUAAUACUAUGAGGUCUCCAAGGCUCAAAAAUACUCUAUUGCAUCGAAGGGUCUCAGGGUAUGAUCCAUGUGCUAUACAUUAUGCGAAGAAGUAUUAUAAUCUACCAGAAGUACAAAAAUCAAUGCAUGCAGAUGUUAAUGGAAUUCUUCACUACUGGACUGAUUUCAGUGCUGAUGUCAACAGCAAUUGGACUGAUUCUGAAAUUUCUAUGUUGCCGACAUAUAAGAAGCUGAUUGCAGCUGGUCUAAGAAUAUGGGUUUUCAGUGGGGACACAGAUGCAGGAGUUCCAGUAACUGGCACUAGGUUAUCUCUCAACCAUCUCAAUCUAACAGUUAAAACUGAGUGGUAUCCAUGGUACGCAGAUGAUCAGGUUGGAGGAUGGACAGAGGUCUACAAUGAGCUAACUUUUGCUUCAGUGAGAGGAGCUGGCCACGAGGUUCCACAAUAUCAACCCAAGCGAGCAUUCAUUCUUUUCAAAUCUUUUUUGGCAGGGAAGGAAUUGCCAAAAUCUUGA